AUGUAUGAUCCAAUUGUUGGAAUUGAAUCAUGGGAUAAAUCUAAAGGAACAUCAAAUUAUAAAAAUAAAAAAGGUUGCAUUACUAGUGGUAAUAUAAUGUUUUAUGAAGGAAAGAAAUUUGGAAUGUAUCAUACAUCUAAAGGAUUGAAUUGGGUCGAAAUAGAAGAUAUUAAUAUACCACCACCCAAUACUGAUGAUAUGACAAAGUUCUAUACAGCAAAUAUCGGCCAUAUAGGUGAAGAAGACAUAGAUGAUGAAUUCCAUAUUUGGGUACAUUCGGUACGAUUCUGGUCUAUAGUAGGAGGUCUGAUGAGUUCAGUAAAAAAUCGUGAAUUUGUGGUUUGUGAAGAUCCAACAACAAUUGACAAAAAGGCUGAUGAAUUUGUAUCAUUUUGCAUAAACCAUGCGCCCAAUGCUUGGACAGCUGCUGUCACCCGGACUACCUCAUAG